UUCGCUGCUGUAGUACUUCUGAUCCUCGCAGGCCGCCGUAGUUCCUGACCGAGGUGAGAAUGGCCGGCUGGAUGUGGCUCCGGUGCCUUUUCGGGCCCAAUCUACAGCGGAUCCACCGCUCACCGGACCAGACACGUACUGACGGCAGACCGCCCCGCAGGGGCUGGAAUUAUCAGCCCAGAGGUUUGGAGAGACACACAGACAGCAUCCUCGGUUGGGCCUCGGUGCUGUGGUCUCUGUCCUACUACAGUUCUCCACUGCUCCUCUGUUAUCUCUAUAGGAAAGGGUACAUCUGCAGCAGUAAGCUGGCUCCUCUCAGUCAGUAUGUUGGCACAGCACUGGUCUGUCUGAUAGGAGUGGCCUGUCUGAGAGGUUGGGGACGCUGGAGAAACCCAGAGUACCUUCAGUUCAUCUCCAUACUGGAGGAAACCAGGAAGAACCACACUCCUAACAACAAGAAAAAACUUGCAUGUUUUGACUUCGACUUCAAACACUGGCCUGUAGAUUUCAGCUGGAAAGAAGUCAGUAGUCCGAAGCUGUCUAAAGGUGGCGUGUCCCUGCUGAGGCCGGAGCCGAAACACAGAGGAGCAGCAGACAGUGUGCUAAAUUCAGUUCGCACACUACCAUGCCACAUCUUGAGUUAUCUGAUAGUGCACUCGUUCGGCCGGAGGAUGCUGUACCCGGGCUCAGUGGGUCUGCUGCAGAAGGCCAUGAGACCCAUGUUACAGCAGGGCCAGGCCAGACUCGUAGAAGAGUAUGACGGUCAGCGGAACAAACUGGUGGCAUGUGAUGGGAAUGAGAUUGACACCAUGUUUGUGGACCGGAGGAAAGAUGGAGGACGAGCCGGAAAGACUCUGGUGAUCUGCUGUGAAGGAAACGCAGGAUUCUAUGAGGUCGGCUGCAUGAACACACCACUGGAAGGUGGAUAUUCAGUGUUGGGCUGGAAUCACCCAGGGUUUGGCGGCAGUACAGGAGUUCCAUUUCCUCAAAACGAGGCCAAUGCGAUGGAUGUCGUCAUUCAGUUUGCCGUACACAAACUGGGCUUCCAGUUGAGUGACAUUAUUGUGUACGCCUGGUCAAUAGGGGGCUUCACAGCCAGUUGGGCUGUGAUGUCUUACCCAGAGAUCCGAGCUCUGGUUCAAGAUGCCUCAUUUGAUGACCUUUUACCACUUGCGCUAAAGGUCAUGCCUGAAAGCUGGAGACCCUUGGUCACCCAUACAGUGAGGCAGUACAUGAACCUGAACAACGCUGAACAGCUCUGCAAGUACCAGGGACCAGUGUUAUUGAUCAGAAGAACCAAAGAUGAAAUCAUCACUACCACGGGUCCAGAAGACAUCAUGUCUAACAGAGGGAAUGACCUGUUGCUCAAACUACUCCAGUACAGGUAUCCUAAAGUCAUGACAGAGGACGCUCUCAGGGCAGUCAGGCAGUGGCUCGCAGCAGGGACACAGAUUGAAGAAGAAUCUGUGUACACGGGCUAUGAGGUGGAUGAUGAUUGGUGCUUGUCUGUGCUGCAAUCCUAUCAGACAGACAGAGAGCCCCUGUUCCCCUGGAGUGUUGGUGAAGACAUGACACUCGAGGGCAGAAGGCAGCUUGCUCUAUUCUUGGCACGAAAGUAUAUGCGAAACUUUGACACGACACACUGCACUCCACUCCCCAUUUCUGAGUUCAGGCCUCCCUGGAAACUGUAGA